UUCAGAGUCUCAGCGGCUCAGACCACUUCUUGGCUCAAGAUCCAAGACAAGCUUAGUGCAGCAACCUCUCUAAGCUGAGACUACACUUUUUCCUCGCCUUUGCGCGAGACAUUCAGUUGAGAGAUAACAAAUAUCGGCCACGAAGAUGCUCUCAGAGCACUUCAUAGCGUCAAUAGGCGUACCUUUCAAGGCCCCAGGGACGAAUGUUGCCAAAGAUGCAGCCAUCUUCCUCCACGAGUUUCAGCCGCUUGCACAACAGCGCGCCGUCUUCAAGAAAUCUGCCACGGCCCCGAACUGCUUGGCCAUAAGUGAAAGUCACGUCUUUGCCGCACAAGAAGGCAAAGGAGCAGUACACGUCUACAAUCGGAAAAAGAGCAACCAAGAGGCUAUUGUUCCGUUCACCGAGAAGAUCUCAGCCAUUACCUUAGCUUGCGAUGAUGCUGUGCUGGUCCUUGGCACUGUUGAAGGACGAAUCUUUUUAUGGGAGACUUGUACAGGGAGACAAGUUGCUACAAACCAAGCUCAUCUGCAAGCUGUGAGCGCACUCGGUGUCGAUGCCACUUCGAACUUUCUGCUUUCAGCUUCCAAGGAUGCGACUAUCCAUGUCUGGUCAAUACCUCAGCUUCUUUCGUUCACCCACACAGGCGGCGCGUCACCUCUUCGAACUUUCUCAUCGCAUCAUGCAGAAAUCACCAGCCUCGUACUUGGACAUGGCGCCUUCAACCUGAACUUCGUAAUAUCCACUUCAAAGGAUAAGACGUGCCUGGUGUGGGACUACAAGACUGGCAACAUCCUGCGGACAUAUCUCCUGCCAGGAACCCCUCUCUGUGCUGCACUAGAUCCAGCCGACCGAGUGGUGUACGUCGGCUACGAGGAUGGCUGUCUUCAACAACUCGAUCUAUACACGUCGCCCACGGGGGAGCUGGAUGCGGUGCAGAACGGACAAGGAGCACUUGAUCCUGUACAGCCUCCUGCAGCUUCUCGAUGGAAGCUCCCUGACGCUUCCCAUGGCUCAGCGUUGAGUCUGAAUGUCUCUUAUGAUGGCAGUGUGGUACUCACAGGCCACCAAUCUGGAGCAGUGCUUAGCUGGGAUGUCGCUCGAGCUAGCUUUGGCACGAACCUUACACCACUUCCUCUCCCCGGUCCUGCCAGCAAUCUCAUAUUUCUGCCAGUCAGCGGACACCAUGAUCAGCAGUCUGGUACCAAGAAAAUCAAAAUCAAUGAGAUUAUCAAGCCCAAGUUCGGCGCUUUUGAUGUGUCGGGAAGCGGAGCUGUGCCUGGCAACUAUGUAGCCAAUGUGCAAUUUCCAUCUGAACUCGACCUUGAGAUAUCAGAAUUCUGCUCUGCUUUGACUGCGCCGACCUUCCCAACUGCGCUUCUCGAUGAAGGUCUCGAUGAGCUCGCGGAUUGGGGAAAGAUGCCAAAUCAGUCAAAUGGCGAUGUUAGGGCAAACGGCGAUGGUUUUAUGUCACUCGAUGGCAAUGAAGAUAAACCAGAGAGUCAGAAAUUGCAGGAGGAAAAUGCUACUCUGAAGGCGCAACUCGAGUCGAUGAGGAGGAUGCAGAAAAAGAGUUUUGAGAAGCUGAGCAAGCUGAGUGACGAGAUCCGAAGCCUUUCGAAGAAGCAGCAGAAACGAGGUCAAGCGAAUGGGGUCCAGGCGGGCGACGAUAUAAGUGAUUGAAGAGCUACGCUACAGCUAUCAACGAUUGUGUGCGGGAAAUAUGCAACAUGAGGACAGGAGUAGGAGGUAUCUGGGGAGUUCUUGGCACGCUUCAUAAAUGCAAGGUCGUGCAACCCAGCAGCACGAGCGGCCUUGCAUUCCAUGAGCCCGCCACCUCGGCUCAUCAACCACGUAUUUGUU